AUGUUCACUCGCACCGCGUUGUCGGCUGCCGUGGCAGUCGCCGUCUUGGCCUCCACUGAAGCACUGGAAAAUCUGAAGACCGAUUGGGACGCCUAUGUCAGCGAGCUGCCCAUUCCGGAAGUCAUCGAUCUGACCGGUGGAGGCGCCAUCGACAUGCAGAUCGGCCGUGCCACGCACAACUGGACGGGGGACGGCUCCAUCUCGGGUGAGAUCUAUGGCUACUCGCUUAGAAAUUCCACUCCUACCAUGCCCAGCCCGACAAUCAAGGUCGCUAAGGGCGUACCGAUCACCAUUACCUGGUACAACGAGCUAUCACAGCCGCACCUGUUCCAGAACUCUGUCGAGGAUUCUCUCAACAACAUUGAGUCUGCAUGCUACCCGUACUGUGGUGUGCCCGUUGUCACACACUCACAGGUAUUCCACUACUACAACAACCAGUCUGCGUCCACCAAACUCUAUCACGAUCACUCCAAUGGUCUCACACGCCUCAACACGUGGGCUGGUCUCAUGGGUGCGUACAUCAUUGCCGACAAUGAGCUUGAGGCGUCGAUCAACAUGGACAUCGAGACAGAUAUUCCUUUGGUGCUGACUGACCGUUUAAUCAACACGACGGGCGAGCUCUUGUACUCGGACGACAACUGCAAUGCUGGGUCGACGAAGUGGGUGCCCGAGUCCUUCGGCUCUGUUAACCUUGUGAACGGCGUGAUCAUGCCGUACGUCGACGUGCCGCCUGCUCAGGUCCGCUUCCGCCUGAUCAACGUUGCCAACGCUCGCCACUACAACAUCUCCGUGCCGUUCCAGGACAAGUGCCAGAUCCGCAUCGAGUUCGUCUGUGACUUCACUAACUCCACCAAUGGCACCACGUACGACCUCGAGGAUAACCAGACGGCUGACCAGCCUACAGAUUACGACGAACGUAUCAUGCGCAUCCGCGUCGUCGAGAGUCUCAAGACGGAUACUAUGAAGUACCGCGCGCUCCCAUCUACGCUUGUGAAGUACAAGUCGCUGAAGGAGCUCUACGAAGCCGGCGGAAAGGAACGUACCGUCAUCCUCGGAGAAAUGGAUACCGCGAUGCAGUGUCCCCUGUACGACAUGAUCAUGUACCGCUCGCAGCAAAUCAACAUGACGACUAUCACCGGCAGCCUUCACUGUACCAAGGGCACGGUGGAGAAGUGGAACUUCCAGAAUCCGACCGAUGACCCGCACCCAUUCCACUGGCACUUGGUCAACGCGCAAUGUGGCGAAACAGAAGAAACCAUCGAUACGAACCACCUGAAAGAUGUAGCCAAGAUCCCGAAUGCCGGUGACCGCCCCUCGGAUACUAUCACCCAGGUCUGCUACGUGGCUUGCACUCCCGACGAGUACCUCAUAGCCAAUAGCACUCGCGGCGCCAAGGACUACGGAUUUGACACGACCGAGCCGUACGUUGCUCACUGUCACAUUUUAGAGCACGAAGAAAACGCGAUGAUGAGCUGGUUUAAGAUCAUGGACGUGGACGACGGCUAUGCCGACGACAAUGGUAUCACGCCGGGCACCGAGAUCACCAACACUGUGAUUGCUACGGCAAUGGGUAUGAGUGUUCUUGGUGGCAUUGCUACGACGCUGUCCGUGCUCGUCAUCUCAGUGGAACGCUUGAAAUUCCUCGCCGACCCGCGUUCGCUCUCGAUUGCCUUCGCUUUGUCGGCCGGUGUCAUGAUCUUCAUUGCUUUCGCUGACCUGUACGCCGAGGCAUUGAUUUACUACCGUGCUGCGUUCACUCCUGGUACAACGGACCCCGAAGCUUACGAGCACGGUGGUGCUUCCACUACCGCUGGAGUGUGCGACGACACAUGCAACGGCAACACGUAUUUGGCCGCUACUGGUGUAUUCUUUGUCGGAGUGGCCAUCAUCCUGUUUGUGGAGUGGCUGGUGCACUCUGUGUUCGAGCGUAAGGACAGAGCUGCCGCCAGGGCUGCUGCCAACGCAGACUUAGAGGCGGAUGGCGAGAAAGCUUUGAAGACGGACGACGUUACCGAGAAGGCGAGUGUUGUGCACAUUGCAUCUCCAGUACCGGGUACACCGGUUGACGCAGCUCGUCAGGAGCUGGCUAGUCCUGCUGGAGAAGAGAACAAUGCGCUUCUUGAGGAAAUGAAGGUGAAGGAGGAGUACCGUCGUACUGGUGUUCUCACAGGUAUUGCCAUCGCUAUUCACAAUUUCCCGGAAGGUUUGGCGCUGUUUGUAUCCUCACUCGCCGGUCUUCGUACGGGAAUUGUUCUUUCGGUUGGUAUCAUUCUUCACAACUUUCCCGAGGGUGUGGCAGUCGCUGCUCCUGUCUAUUAUGCUACUGGAAGCAAGGUCGAGGCGUUCAAGUGGACGAUCAUCAGUGGGUUUGCUCAGGUUCUUGGCGCAGGCAUCGGUUGGGCCGCUGUUUCAGGCGGUAUGAGCAAUUCGCUGAAAGCCACAUUGUAUGCUCUUGUUGCCGGAAUGUUGGUCUGUAUCACCGCAAAGGAGCUUCUACCGGGUGCCUACAUGUUCGACCCCAGCGGAAAGCUCUUCGUACCGUCGUUCUUCAUUGGCGUCGCCAUUAUUGCCAUGAGUCUGGUUGCUCUAAACUACGCAGGAUCAAGCUAA